AUGGGUGACAUAGAUACAAAUUGCAUGACCCUCACUAGGUUUGUUUUGAACGAGCAGCGAAAGAUUCCUGGGGCCAGUGGAGAUCUCACUCAGUUGUUAAAUGCAAUCUGUUGUGCUAUCAAAGCAGUAUCUUCAGCAGUAAGAAAGGCCGGGAUUGCUCAAUUGUAAGUCCGUGACUCAACAGAUAUGCGAUUCUAUGCAAAUUUUCGAGAUUUUAAUAGACCUCAUUGGCAAGUUACUGAUAUUUGCUUUACAAUCAAGGUUCAUUAAUAAAGCGUGUCAGGACUUUGAACCAAGACUGGAUAAAAACCUCCUUUUAACAUGCAUUAUUAUGAAAAGCUAUGUCAUUUUUAAGUAAUGGGGUGAACCUUUCCUUUAUUAAUAAAAUAAUUUCAAUUUGCUGCGUUUGAUUGUGGCUGCAUGGCCGCUGACAAGUAUCACCUCUCAACUAAGAAUAUUUCUUUUUGUUUAUUUCAUAUUUCUCAAGUCAAAUUACCUGCACUAUACAGGAAUAUGUUCAUUCAAGGAUUUUCCCUCAUUGGUUUCUGUAUUUCCUACGGAAUAACCUUUCUGACAAUUUGAAUUUAAUUGGACUUCAUGACACAUUACAAUUACACAAGUUUGUCCUCAUGACAAUUGUUUUGAUCUGCCGGACCUGACUGAGGGUCGCAAAUAGUUUACUCUCGAGGCAUGAUUAAGCUCAAAAUUAAUAUGUGACACUUUGAAAGUCAAGGCAAGGUGAGGUUUGAGGUUUUCCCUUUAGAAUCGUGACACAUACUGUUUAGUUAAUUAAAGUAAAUGUGAUGUCUGAAUUUUUCUAAUUUGUGCAUGAAACAGGAUGAGGACCCCCUUCUCCUCCCUUUGUUUCCCCUCCUGACUGUUUGUCAACAUUUUGCAAGAAUUUUGUGAGGAGAUAUGUUUUUCCUGGCUGUGAACCAGGAAGUCAUAAUAUGCCAAUUAUUAUCUCAAUUAGAAAUGCACAACUUCUUGAAUGAGUAAAUUGAAAGAAAAACUCCUGGUUUGAUAUGUGUUUCAGAUAUGGUAUUGCAGGUGAUACAAAUGUUUCUGGAGACCAACAGCAAAAAUUAGAUGUGAUGGCAAAUGAACUGUUUGUUAAUAUGCUGAAAUCAUCUUACACAACCUGCCUUUUGGUAUCUGAAGAAGAUGAAACGGUUAUUGAGGUGGAAACUGAAAGGCAAGGAAAGUACAUGGUUUUCUUUGAUCCUUUGGAUGGCUCAUCAAACAUUGAAUGUCUAGCUGCUAUUGGCUCUAUUUUUGGAAUUUCAAGGAAGGUAAUUAUUUUCAAGAAAAUUCUCUCAUUCACCAUGUAUAUCGUGUUUGAUCAAAGAGCCACACUCCCCUCUCAUCCAUUGUCAGGUGAAGAUAAACAGUAAUAGAUUUUCUAGAGAAACAUGAGGCAUAUGGAGACACCCCUGUUUAUACUGUUUGACUCGAGAUCUCAUGAGUAAUUCUUAUGGCUUCCUGCGAUACAAUUCUUAUGAUUUUAGUUUGGAUAAUUUGGUAUUUAAUCAUAAAUUAGCUAAGUAUCCCCUAAUUGAUAUUUUUAUUUAUUCUUAUCACUUGUCUGUUGAUUAUAUAAUGAUAUUGUAAACAAGGAUAUGCAUUGUGUAUUAGGGUUUCAUAUAUACUAUUAUAGAGUAAUGCAUGCACAGACUAAGUUCUCAGCAUAACUGCUUUAUCAGAUACCGAUGAACUUAAUAUGCAAUGAUAGAUAUAUGGAUAAUCACAUGACUGCAGUUAAGGGUGUGGUAACCAAUAGAAUAAAAAUUAUGUGAUAGCUAAGGUGUUUAUCCAAUAGGACCAAAUAUUACAUUAUGUUACCUGUAACGUUUUUGUAGUGUUCAGUUUGACAAGAGAUUUGAGGUUUACAUUUAAGAAUUUCGUGUUUAGACUACAUUGCCUUCUUUUAAAAUGUAUAAAUGUAUCACUUUUCUCUUCACUGUAGGAACACGAUGGACCACCAACCAUAGAAGAUGCUCUCCAGCCAGGAAGAAAUUUUGUUGCAGCAGGGUAUGCACUUUUUGGAAGUGCAACAAUGGUGGUGAUAACAACUGGACAUGGAGUCAAUGGAUUUACACUUGAUCCAGUAAGUGCAUGGAAUAGAAGGGAGGCAAAUUUUAUUGCAUGAAAGGAUAAGCUAAAGACAUAAAGAUUUUGAAUUAUGUGAUAAAUAACAACUAAUUUGUCCCAUUCAGGCUCUCUACAAUUUUUUCCAAAGUGACAUGCAUGACUGCACUUAUGUACAGUGUCAAUCAAAACCCAAUUACUUUUGGGCCUAGUCUCCAAUAUUAGAGGGAAUAUAAAUUCUUUUAUUGUAGAAUGUUCAUUGAUAUUUUAUGUUUAUUAUUUGACUAAACAUAAUGUUUUAGCUGAUCUUAAUUUUCUUGAUGUAGUCCAUAGGUGAAUUUGUUCUCACACAUCCAGACAUAAAAAUGAAGCCACGUGGCAAGCCUAUCUACAGUAUAAAUGAAGGAAAUGCUUGUUUGUUUGAUGAAGGAGUUACUAAAUACUUAGAAUCUAUCAAAUUUCCAAAGGUGAGCAUCACAUGAGGGUUCCAUGAAAUCAGUCAUUAAAAAGCUAGUUUGUUCUUGGAUGGUAAUAUCUGCACAAUCAAUAUUUACCAGCAUGGAGGAAAUCUUUUUCACAAUCACACAGGAUAUUCCAAUAUCUUUGAUGUACCAAUAGAGGUCACACCCAAGAUCCAUAGUGGCCUUUGACCUUCUUGUUAAUGUUUCUUAGGCAGAUCUUGGAAGAUCUUUUACUAGAAAAUCUUUAACUUGGGAUAGAAGACUGUGCCAUGGGUAACACUUAAUGUGAGGAUUAAGGAUAUUGAAAAUUAUGUGUUUACAAUUUUUAACCACAACAAAGUAAAACUACAAUUUCAAUGUGAUGGCUUAUGAAACUAUUCAUAUGUGUCAUUUAUCUGACCUAUAGGAUGGUAAAUCUCCAUAUGCAGCUCGUUAUGUUGGCUCAAUGGUGUCAGACAUGCACAGGACAUUAGUGUAUGGAGGAAUUUUCAUGUACCCUGGAAAUAAGAAGAACCCUCGAGGAAAGGUAUCAAUUGAAAAGGAAAAUUUCCAAUUUGGAAGUUUGCCUGUAUGUUUGUAAGUUUGUUUGUUCUUGAGGACUGAGAUACAAACCAUAGAGUGUAAGAUCUUGAUGAUCUCUGUCAUCGUGAUCAUUGGCAUUGUGAUCAUCAUGUUUUUCAUCAUCAUCGCUAUUUCUCACUAUUAUUCUUCUUAAUUAUUAUCAUUGUCUUCAUUAUCGUCAUCACCAUUAUUGGUUGAAAUAUGUCAUAUUUACUUGAUUUAAGAGUGGUGAAAUGUAUAAGGCUACAUUAGUUCUGAUUGAUUUUUUUUGUGCUGAUCACAUGCUGAUCACAUGCUGAUCACUCUUAUUAAGUAAUAACUGUGAUUCUUGAUAUAUCAGUUUAUUUCCAUUCACUUUUUUAUUCAUACGUAGCUGCGCCUUCUGUAUGAGUGUGCACCAAUGGCAUAUAUCAUCGAACAAGCUGGUGGAAUGGCCUCAGAUGGCAAACAACCAGUCCUAGAUAUCAAACCAAAGGAACUUCAUGAGAGAUGCCCUAUCUUCAUUGGAUCAGCAGAAGAUGUUAAAGAUUUCCUCAAGUUUAAUUCAGCAUAGUGCCCUAUUUCUUACAGUGUCUUUCAUGAGAAAUGAAGAGUAACAUGAAUUUAAUGCAGUUACUGUUAGUAGUACUUCAGGCGUUAUUUCAUGACUGUUUUUCUGUAGUGUUAGUAGUUAGGCAGUAGACUAAAGUGGUGAAGGUUAUUCAAACUAUUUGUAGGCUAUAAGGGUGCUUUAUAUUUGUUAUUUAACAGUGCUAAUAAAAAGAGGGUUUUUUUUAAUCUAUAACCAUGGCAGCAUAGGGUUGUGUUGACUGUUUGUAAAUAAAUGCUUACUUAGCGAAUAUGCCUGAUUCUCUUUGUCUUUGGGGGUGGCAUAUGUGUGAAACCAAGAACCUCCUUUGAAUAAAAACACAACUCAUCAUUUAAGUUAGCAAUUCAAAAAAGUAAAACUGUCUCAAUUGUGCUGAAUCCAGAAAUAGGAAUAUUUCUGGACAACAGAUUAUCUAGAGGAGCUUUUGUAUUGAACAAAUGAGGUGUUGCGGAACAGGCUAGUGGGAAGAGAAAGUGAGAAAUGUAGGGGUCAUUCUAGAGAAGCAAUAUCUAGUAAUAAAAACACUUCAACUGUAUGUUCUUUUUAACAUUAUUAUUAUCAUUAUCAUCAUCGUCAUUAUUGCUAUGAAUUAUAUUUAUUGUUAUUGUUGUGCUUGCUUUUAUCAUUCCAUUUUUGUCAGAGCUCUCAUGUCUCCGUUCACAGUUAACAGUGCAAAAUUAAUAAUAAAUCCUUACCUUGCCAAAAAUACUAAAAAAGAGACAAAGAAAGGAAAAGGAAAGUACGAGUUACUUUUUUUAAAUUUUAUUUAUUUAUUUAUUUAUUUUAUUUUUUCUAUAUAUUAUACUUACACUAUACUUACUUCUUACACGAUGCUUACACUACAUUAACUUGCACUACUUACAAUACAUAUAUUACAAUACAAUUACACUAGUCAAAUUGAAUUACAGUUGAUCUAUUUACGUUAUUGUUUGCAUGUUAAUUGUUCAAGUCACUAAUAAGAAUUUUGUUUGUUAAUUACACUACAUAGGGUAUUAAUAUUUAGAAUCUAAUAGAUUAUUAAAUAAAUAGGUAGCGAAAAGAAACAAAUCAAAAUACAAAAGUUGAGAAGAAAAGAGAC